UCUUUCAAAGUGCAAUUUGUCCAGGAAAAACCAAUGCAAGGCCGGUGAGGGCCCCAACCAAUGGCGGCGCAGCUCGCUCGGCUCAGCCAGUCCCUGCUCGUAUUCUAAUAGGCCGUAUCUUUAUCAGGGAAAUGUCCCUUCUCUGAACUUCAACUUCUCAUCUAGGGUCCCCGACUCAGAGCAAGGGAGGGGGCUGUGCUGAGCUCAAGCAGCACCCUGGCCAGGCCAGGCUGGGCAGGAGGGACAGAGCCCCAAGGAGGCUUGCACCGGCUGGUUGCACCUGCCUGGGGUCACUGAUCCGGGUGCCUGGUGACCGGAUGCACUAGGCACAGGGCACUGGGGGCUCAGCCAGCUUCGGAUUCUCCAACCUGCCAUGAGACUGGAGUCCAGAGCCUGGCGGUUUGGGCUUUAGGGGUCUGGGUUGGGCUUCUCACUUCCCGCUGCCUGACCCGAAGAUCAUGGAGUCCAACCUGCAGGGCACCUUCCUGCUGAACAACGCACCGCUGGCCCAGUUCUCGGAGAUGAAGGCUCCCAUGUGCCAGUACUCCAUGCAGAACUCCUUCUACAAGCUCAGCCCCCCAGGGCUGGGCCCCCAGCUGGCCGCUGGGACCCCCCACGGGAUCACGGAUAUUCUGAGCAGGCCUGUGGCCACGCCAAACAGCAGCCUCCUCUCCGGCUACCCGCAUGUGGCCAGCUUCGGUGGCCUGGGCUCUCAGGGGGUCUACUAUGGCACCCAGGUGGGGAAUUUUUCCAAGGCUGGGAGCGAGUACCCCUCUCGGACCCGGAACUGCUGGGCAGACACAGGCCAGGACUGGCGUGGCGGGCGGUCAUGCAGCGAUGCCCCAGACCCCUUGGGUGACAGCAUGCACAAGAAGAAGCACACACGGCCUACAUUCACAGGCCACCAGAUCUUCGCCCUGGAGAAGACCUUUGAGCAGACUAAGUACCUGGCUGGCCCUGAGAGGGCAAGGCUGGCGUAUUCACUGGGCAUGACCGAGUCACAGGUCAAGGUGUGGUUCCAGAACCGCAGGACCAAGUGGCGCAAAAAGAGCGCUCUGGAGCCCUCCUCCUCCUCCUCCUCCACCCCGCGGGCCCCGGGAGGCGCGGGCGCGGGCGGGAACCGAGCGCCCUCGGAGAACGAGGACGACGAGUACAACAAGCCCCUGGACCCCGACUCUGACGACGAGAAGAUCCGACUGCUGCUCCGCAAGCACCGCGCCGCCUUCUCGGUGCUCAGCCUGGGCGCGCACAGCGCCUGAGGCUCGCUGCGGCCGGCGCUCUCCCCUCCCGCCUCGGCGGCAGCGAGGCUAGCACCGGCCACGGGAGGAGAGGGCGCGGGCGAGGGGUGAGCGCCACGCUCCUCCAGGAGCGGGGCCAGCGCGGCUCCCAGACGACGGGCUCUGCACCGGUGGCGGAGCUGCGCCCAGGCCGGCUGUGAGAUGCUAGUGGGGGCUGCGGCUGGGAGCCAGGGGACAGGGCAGGGGCCGAGAUGGAGGAGAGAAGCCGCAGUCCCGCGUCCGUAGGAACCUGGCUCCUGCGGGAGAUGUGGGUCCGCUGCGACCCCAGGCCUGAAGGUCCUGAGCCGCGGGGGUCUUCCGCCCCGAUACCCACCUUCUCCUUGCUGGCUAGAAAGGGGCAAGUGCACAGCUGGGCCGAAAAAGGAGGAGAGAACCCCAGAGGGAUCUGCUGCCUAAGAGCCCCUGGGCAUCCCCCCAGGGACAGAAAAGCCCCCUGCACCGGGAGUAAGGGCUUCUCCUGCUGGAGCACCUGGGUGGGAGAGUGGCUGGAGGGCUCCUUUCCCAGGUUCCCCGUCAGCAUGGGCCUGGAGCUGCACGCACUGGGCGGCACCAGCGCAGCCCUCUUCCACACCCCAGCAGAGAAGAGUACUGGCAGGUGGGAGGGGUGGGCUGGGAGAGGUGGGUGGGACUGGCCACACAGGAGUGCACCCCAAAGGGGCCCCAAAUCAGCCCAUCGUCGAAGGCCUAAAAAUACAAUGAGCAAAAAUAAAAA